AACGAAACCCGUGAAAAUCAAUGCCAUCUUCGAGCUGUCGGACCCGAACCCCUUUACUACCAACUACCAAGGUAAACGAAGGCAGAAGAGACAGAGGAGGAGCAAGAGAGAUGGGGAAGCGAGUCGGGAGCAGGAAUUCGAACGAGUCCGCAUUGACUCGGUGGGUUCAGUCGGUCUUUGGGUUCGUCAAAUUCGCCGAGUUUGAAAUCCUGUUUGUUCUUUUCUUCGUGAUCGCGUUCCUCGUUUUCAAAGAUCUCACAUCGAGGCCGGAAUACAGUCAGAUUCUCGUAAAAAAGCCAGGUGGAGGUGGUUUUUGGCCGUACUAGCUGGAAAUCUCAUUGUUGGAUUAACAUUUGGUAUUUUGAUUAUGGACUUUUUUUGUUGCACUACAGGAUUUCUUCCCAUCCGUGUUUUUGUUGUAAUUAUAUGAUUAAACAACAGCUAUCGAUAUUGCACAAUUUUGUCUAUGGUGCUUGUUUCUACAUAAGCCGAGAAGCAGGGGGAGAACUUAAAGAGCAAGGCUUCCUUGAACUCCUGAAA